GUGGUGCCGCCUUCUCACUAAAACGUACAGAGCCGGAGUUUUUUCGUUAGUGUGUUAUUCAAUCCGCACAAGUUUGUGUCGGUAGCGGGCAGUUCUGGUGCGCGAAUACGAUCGCGCCAAACCAAUUUAAUUUUAAUUUUCGUGUAUGUUUUGACUGUAUUUUAAUUUUUGUUAUGAUAUGAGAAAAAACUGCCUCAGCAUGAAUGCCAAAAGUGUCUUAAUGGUGAUUUGUUUACAUGUUUUAUUUAUGAGAACCAAAGUAUUUUGUUUCAACAUCGAGGAUCGGGAUCCGAAAGUUAAAAAGGCCCCUGAAGGGCAGAAGAAUGCAUAUUUUGGGUUUAGUGUUGCGCUUCAUCAGACGAUGGCGAAUAGUGUUUCUACAGCCGAUAAUUGGUUAUUAGUCGGUGCCCCCUUAGGUCAGAACUUGCAGCCAGAUACCAAUUACUCAGGAGCAGUGUUCAAAUGCCCCAUUUCUGAGUUGGAUCAGGAUUGCAUCCAAAUUGAGACUGAUGGACAGCGGCAGGCCGGAGGGAGGUAUUUAUUCAAUGAAGUUGAUUAUGAUGAUGAUCUGGACAGUCUGGAUCAGUCACUACUUCCUCCACAAACAGAUGAAAUCAAAGAGGGUCAAUGGCUUGGAGUGUCAGUUAAAUCCCAAAAACCUGGAGGACAAGUUUUGGUCUGUGCCCAUAGAUACAUUCAAAGUCCAGACAUUUCCAAAUUCCGUUACGGUCAAGGUCUAUGUUACCUAUUGAACAACACCCUGCACACAACGGAUAGUCUGCAAUUUUGCAAAGGAUUGCCCACAGAAAAACUGCAUCAGCAGUAUGGGUUCUGUCAGAUAGGCACCAGUAUCUCCUUUGUAGGAGACAGUGCUCUAGUAGGAGCCCCCGGCCCAUACACUUGGAGAGGAACACUGUUCUCCCAAGUGGUGGAAGGGUCUUUUAUAGAUAGGGAUAAGACAAUCUAUAGGGGGCCCUUAAAUGAUAAUCCUCUGCCUAUUGACAAGUACAGUUAUCUAGGUAUGAGUGUCGGAGGUGGCCACAUAUUGAGCAAGUCCGUUUACACUUAUGUAUCAGGAGCGCCUAGAUCUCAAAUGGUAGGCCAAGUGUACUUUUUCGAAAAACGCGAUAACAUUGCCAAUGAAGAACUGAGUAUACCGCUGAUACUGACGGGGCAACAGUUUGCGUCCAGUUUUGGAUACGAGGUUUUAGUUGAGGACGUCAACAACGACGGAUUUGAUGAUCUCCUCGUUGGUGCUCCAUUCUACUAUGCAGAUAAUAAAGGUGGGGCCGUCUAUGUCUACUAUAAUCUGAAGAAUUGGAACUUAACGAACCCGAACGGCACUUGGGAUGCGGUUUUCUUCGGAACCGAGCAAUCGCGGUUCGGAUUUUCCAUGACUUCCAUUGGUGACAUCAACAAGGAUGGUUAUAAUGAUGUUGCCAUUGGUGCUCCCUAUGAAAGGGAUCAUGGAGCGGUUUAUAUUUAUCUGGGUUCCAGUCAAGGGCUCAAACCUGAACCAUCACAGAUAAUGAGAUUUCCACAACUAAGCACAUUCGGCUACUCUCUCAGUGGUGGUUUAGAUAUGGACAAAAAUGGAUACCCAGAUUUGCUGGUCGGUGCUUACGAAUCGGAGAGGGCACUUUUAUUUUUGACCAGACCCAUCAUCGACAUCAACAUUAAAAUUGAAAGCAGCGACAUGUUCAACAUUAAUGUAUCUAGAAAGGGUUGCGCAGCCGACCCUGGCAAUCAGAAUAACACCUGUUUUGUUGUCAAGCCCUGCUUUACAAUCGUGGGCAAAGAUCAGAGCCUAAGAACGUUUUCCAUCGUCUACCACAUAACAGAGCUGCAAAAAAUAAUUCCCAGGAUUUGGUUCCGCAACCCGCAGUAUCCAAACAAAAGAACCAACGUAAAUACGAAGACUAUCGAAGUGGAGGAUUUAUCGAAGACGUAUUGCCAGCGGGAAGUGGUUUAUAUCAAGGAGGGAGUGAGCGAUAUUCUUUCGCCCAUUAAGUUCAAAGUCAAAUACACUUUGGAGGAAGACAGCAAACCGCACACUGCCAUUCUAAACACUACAUCGAUUAAAGAGUUCGAGGCAACAUUCCAAAAGGACUGUGGAGAUGAUGAUGUUUGUAUAAGCUACUUGGAGUUGAUAGCUGGAACCAACUUCAAGAAAAACUCCAAGGGAGAGUACGCAGUGAACAUGACCGAUCAGGAGUUUGUUCUGGAAGCCAACAUCUCCAACAAGCUAGAAUCCGCUUACGAAGCCAAACUUUUUGUAGUGCAUCCCACAGCUCUUAGCUAUAUUAACCUGAAGACUGAAAAAAAUCAACAUACCAACGUAAAGUGCUCAUUCAAGAACCAAACGCUUGUAGUCUGCGACUUAGGAAAUCCAUUCCGUGGAAACGCUAGUGUUAAUUUAAAACUUAGGUUUGAGAUAAAGAAAAAUACCAAAGACCAAACCCUAGAUCUCAUGUUGAAAGUGAACUCCACAUCGACGGAAAAGUCGAAGAGGACCGAAGUAAAACUGACCGCAAUUCUUCAAAAAAUUGCCGAUUUCAGUAUUACUGGAAAGGGUUCGACGAAUCUGUUCUUUGGUGGCAAAGUCGUUGGAGAGUCGGCAAUGAACCAUUUAGAAGACAUUGGAUCAAGAGUGAUCCAUCGAUAUUAUCUGGAUAAUAGAGGACAAUGGGACCUGCCCAGAGUCAAAGUGAACAUUCAGUGGCCGUACCAAGUGAGGCCUGGAAGAAACGGGAAUGAAGGAAAGUGGCUACUUUAUCUGGAAUCAAUGCCCGAAGUUUUAGGAUCCACAACUGAUGCGGGCACGCUUUGUUACAUUGCCAACACUACAGAAGAAAUAGUGAACCCUUUGAAGCUGGACCUUCUAACACCCAGCGUAGAUGAACCUGAAAACUUGCUGCUCCCACCAGAAUUCCGAAACGAAAAUGAUUCCCUCAACAACGUGUUAAGAAGGAAAAGACGGGAAGUGGAAUCGGUUAUUGAGUCUCAAGAAGUGGAAAAAGGGGGAAUCAAAAGACGGAUAACUGUUAUGGACUGUAAAGGAUCGGCCAGAUGCGUAGACAUUGAGUGUCUAAUCGGGGGCCUUAAGAAGCAGAUGCAAGUGUAUGUGGAAAUAAAGUCGCGAAUCUGGAAUGCAACGUUGGUUGAAGACUACAGUAAUGUCGAUUGGGUACAAAUCAAUUCCCAUGCUCAAGUGGAAAUAUUGGAUAAAACAUUCAUCACUAAGCCCGAGCAAAUAUUUGGGUUUUCAGCGGAAACGUUAGUUUAUCCCGAAAUCAUCCCGUCGUACUCAAAAAUCAAUUGGUGGAUAAUUGGAGGAGCCGUCCUAGCUGGUGUUUUACUCCUUAUUCUCCUAGUGGCGAUACUGCACAAAUGUGGCUUUUUCAAACGAAAACGAGCAAAAGAUCAAACGCUUUCGGGUAAUUUACAAAAAAGUAGUGAAGAAAGUCACACAUUAAUCAAACCAAACUGAACCGAUUUGUGACUGUUGAUUUGUGAUUGGCGUUAUGAGAGGCUUUUUUGCCAUUGAUGUUACUUGUCCCAUUUAAAAUCUUCCAAUCGAAGCAGUUGGAGAUAAAUUUUGAACCGAAGAAGUUAAAUGAACAGAAAGUUACAGUUUUAUUGAAACUGAUAAAAACAAUUGAGAGCAAGUGCGAUUUUAGAUUUGAUGGUUUACUCUGUCUCGAUUAACGUCGAAAAAUAUGCGUUAUUAGAGAUUUGCCCAGUUGGUUCGAAAAAUAAACGAUUUUUCAAAUCACCAGGGUAAAACCAUUGUGAUUUUUAUAUUGUCCGAUUACAGUAGAAUAGUUUUAAUAAAUUGUCGUUCAAAAUACACUCGAAGUUGAAUUAUUUUAAAUUAUCAGUCGCAAGUUAUGCGCGUUCUGUUACAGUAUGAGUAAAGAAAAAUUACCACAUUAUUUUUCAGUCGUUUAUAUGCGUGUAAACUUUUCUUAAUAUUUUUAUAAACUACUGCUUGACAAAACUCUAGUAAAUGGUUGUAAAUUUUUCUUUACUGUAUACAAACAAGUCACUAUUGAAAUCAUUGUUAAAAUUGUGAUAGACUUCGAAACUAUACAAUUAUUUAAAGUAUUUAUUUGUUGUUUAGAUAUAGGUAUCUGGUGCUGCUAUUAUUAUUCUGUAUUGAUUGCUACGUUUAGGUACUUAAGACUUAUUGUAAAAAGUUAUAUUGUAUGUUAAUGUAUUUAAAUAAUUAGAAUAUAUAAAUGUACUUAAUUUUAAGCCUAAACAAUGAUUGUUUUUCAAGUAGUUAUACAAAAAGUUGUGUUCAAUGAAAGACUUGUUCCUUUAAGAGUAAGAGGUUAAUUAUGUUGGCAAGUUCAGUUUAUUAAUCAAAAUCGAAAUACAAAUUUACAUUUUUUUGUUGAAUUGCCAUUAAAAUUCACUAAAGGAUCCAGGUGAUUUCUAAAUGUGUAACUGUUGUAUAUAUUUACUUGUAAAUAGCUCCUAUUAUGGUCGAAGUGAUAAAACCUCUCAAUGUUAGUUAAAUGUAAGUAUAAUGAAAUAAAUUUGUACAUACUAUA